AUGGCCACGGUAGGUACAGCUCCAAGCCAAAUGCAUAUCCCCACCCGACGAUCUGGGACGGGAUACCUCCCCAUCGAGAAUUAUGGUUUGAUUGGCAAUAUGAGGACCUGUGCUCUGGUGGGUAUCGAUGGUAGCAUUGAUUUUAUGUGUUGGCCGGACUUCGACUCCCCUUCCAUUUUUUGCAGGCUCCUCGACAAGGACAAAGGCGGAUACUUCAGCAUUGCACCUCCAGCAGACGUUGUUACUUUCACUACCAAGCAGCAGUACCUGCCAUCCACUACCAUAUUACAGACGCGAUACAUCCACGAAGAUGGAGUUGCCGACCUAAUUGACUUCUUCCCCCGUCCCAAGGAGACCCGCGUAGUGGCCAAACUACCCCAGCAAAUGCCUUACCGCGAGUCGGUCUCGGUGCAGGAUGAGCUGAAGAGAUGGCUGGUUCGGAGAGUCGAGUGUAUUCGUGGUAAAAUUGAUAUAGGUAUUGUCAUCUCCCCUUCACCAGAAUCGUUCCUGCUAAGAACACUGUGGAUAGACGUGGAGAUAUUUCCAGCCUUUGACUACGCCCGGGCUGAACACGACGUCGAAAUUACUAUCCCAAACCAUACCCGGGGAUGUGAAAAGAGCAAGACCGUCACGUUCUCAAGUAAUGACAUGAAGCUCCAGCUAGACGUUACGAUUGAUCAUGGCGAAGAAGACGCAGAAUCUUGUCCUGCGGUAAACUUUAGGAAGGUGAAAAAUCCAGGCAUGAAGGGAGAGGGCGUUGUGGCACACAUCCAUCUGCAGGAAGGACAGGCAAUAUCUUUUGUCCUUAGGGACGAUAUCCCAAACCAUGUCACUCCAAAUGUGACGACUGGAGACCUUGAUCGGCAGCAGCAGUCCACUCAAACAUUUUGGCAUAAUUGGAUUAUGAAGAGCAAAUACAAAGGGCUUUGGCGGGAGGUUGUUUCAAGGAGUCUCUUGAUUCUGAAGCUGCUGACCUAUGAACCUACGGGCGCGAUCGUGGCAGCUCCAACGUUUUCGAUUCCCGAAGAUAUUGGUGGAACUCGCAAUUGGGAUUACCGAUAUAGUUGGGUGAGGGAUUCCAGCUUCACAGUUUAUAUCCUCCUCCGGAUGGGGUUCACCACGGAAGCAGACCAUUAUAUGAACUUCAUCAGCGAGCGAUUCCGCAAAUCCCGAUCUGCGGAUGGCGCUUUGCCAAUCAUGUUUACCAUCAGGGGUGACACUGAUAUCCCCGAAAUUGAUCUCGACCACCUUUCCGGCUACCGCGACAGUAAACCAGUGCGCAUUGGUAACGGGGCAGCUUACCACGAACAAUAUGAUAUAUAUGACUAUGUGUUGACUAUUAUGAAUCAACCGGAUAUGUCAAUUUGGGAGGUCCGCAACAAGAAGCAACACUUCGUGUACUCGAAGAUCAUGCUGUGGGUCGCAUUUGACCGUGGGCUCCGUCUCGCAGAAAAGCGCUGUCUCCCAUGCCCAAAUCGGAACGCAUGGCUAGCAGCAAGAGAUGGACUGUAUGAGGAGGUUAUGCAACGAGGUUACAGCUCCAACCUCCAAUGUUUCAUUCAAAGUUAUGAAGGUGGUGAUCUUCUCGAUUCUUCAAUUCUUGUUGCCCCUCUCGUCUUCUUUAUUUCCCCAAAUGACCCGCGAUUCCUCCGCACAAUCGAUCGAAUUCUCAUGCCACCGGAGAAGGGAGGGUUGACAUCCGCGGGUCUCGUAUACCGCUAUAACACUGAAUAUUCUCAUGAUGGUGCUUCCAUCCUACCAACUUUUGAAGCUCAUCCUGACAGUGGUGUAGGAGUCGGCGGCCGCGAAGGUGCCUUCAGUAUGUGCACAUUCUGGCUCGUGGAGGCUCUCACACGUGCGGGCGUCUAUGAGCCGAAAUACCUCGUCCGCGCUACCAAUAUGUUUGAGAAUAUGCUCAGCUUCUCGAACCAUCUGUGCAUGUUCUCUGAGGAGAUUGCGAGGUCGGGGGAGCAGCUGGGGAACACACCGCAGGCCUUUAGUCACCUUGCAUUGAUUUCGGCGGCAUUUAACUUGGACCGUGCUACGCAGUUCAACCGUUAA